GCUGAGAGCCACUGGGAGAGCCACUGGGAGAGCAACUGGCAGAGCUGAGAGCCACUGGGAGAGCUGCUGGGAGAGCCACUGGGAGAGCUGAGAGCCACUGGGAGAGCAACUGGGAGAGCUGUGAGCCACUGGGAGAGCAACUGGGAGAGCUGAGAGCCACUGGGAGAGUUGCUGGAGACUCUGCAGACACUCCUCAGGUUUUUGUGUCACAAUGACUUCCUCUGUGUUUCCACUCUUCUUCUGGUUCUUCCUGAGUUCGUCCCUCGCCGUCUUCCAGCACAGCGGCGUUAAACUUCGAAUCACCGACGCAGCGCAGGAUGUCUUGAAAGAAGUUGUGAUGGCGUUUCUGAAAGAGUUGCUGAACAAACCGUGGGACGAUAUUUCUAUUCUGGAUAAAAAAUACGCAAAAUACGACAUUUCAGGUCUGACCUUCAGUUGUCUGUCGGUGAGUAAAGACGAGAUUGAUCUCACCUUCCGGGACAAUUCAGGCGUCCAUUUUGAAGUCAGUGAUCUGGCUUUCACUGCAGCUUUUAAGAGAAAAGCCAAAGUGGGACGGAUUAAUCCUGAUCGUGGAAGGAGUUCUAUAGCAGGACGAGGUCUGAGCACCACCAUUGAAGUGAAUCUCAACCGGGACCCACAAGGACAUCUGAAAGUGGAGAUGGGGAAUUGUGAAUUCAAAGCUGAUGACAUCCUGAUUGUGUCCCACGGCAAAAUGGGGGAUGUGGUGGACCUUUUCAAGACAUUAAUCAAGAAAAACAUCCAGGAGCAGAUCUGUCCUUCUAUUAAGAAUUUCAUUCCUCAAGUUAACUCCAUGUCAGACCAGCUAACCAUGAGGAUGAAUCUGCCCAGCGAGCUGACCUCGAAGCUGAAUGUGCCCGGAGGACAAGAAAUCAUCAUCGAUUAUUCUGUGAGCGGAGACGUGAGAGUGAGCGCCAACAGCCUCGAUAUUCCUUUCAGAGGUUUUGUGUCCACACCGGGCAGCAACGUUGACCCUGAUUCAAUCAGAAAAGGUGAAGAAUCAGUUUUCACACAGACUGACCAGAUGGCUUAUGUGGGCAUCUCUGAGUUCUUCUUGAACAGCGCCACCACAUCGCUCCACAGGGCAGGGGCCAUGAGCAAGACUGACCAGGUGACGCAGCCGAUUUUGUGGGGUUUUCUGAAAUUUCUGCAAGUGUUUACGCAUCCGUUUGACCUGAUGAAUCCGAUGUCCAGUGAAGUGGUCGUUGUCGAGGUUCCUGAGAUCAGCAUCACUCGAGAUAAAGGAGUGAUUCUCAAAGUCCCGAAAGUCAGCGGCAAAGUGUCUGCAGGGCAGGACGUCCUGUCAAUGGAGGCGAGCUGUACGGUUGCUCUGAAGGUCGCUGUCGAAGAAAACUACCUGAUCCUCCCUUCAGACGACGUUGACUGUACUAUCGCUACCUCAAGUAUGAUCAAAGACAUUAUGGUGAAACCUUUAAAUUGGUUCCUGUCCUCCAAAGUGAAAACCUUCCUGCGUGGGCUCUUUGAUAAAGGACUACAUAUCCCUCUACCUGAAGGAAUGGGCUUCACUCAGGGAAACAUCGUCUAUCAGAAUGGCUACCUGGUGGUGGGGGGCAGUCUGAGGUUAGCUCCUUCUGGAGGGGAGAAGGUGGUGGAGCUGGUGAUGAGCAACAUAAACACAGGAGGAGCUGCUGGAGGAGGUGCUCAGCAACCGGCAGGAGGCGCUCAGCAACCGGCAGGAGGUGCUCAGCAUCUGGCGGGAGGCGCUCAGCAACCGGCUGGGCAUCAUCAUUAAACCAAAACCAAUAAUAAACUGAUUAAUGCUCAAUAA